AAGAGGUAAACGGAAGUAAACAGUGAUCAAGAAAACGUCAACGUUUCAGCAAAUGUUGUACUCAUUUAAUUGCACAGCAUCACAUACUUAUCCCAUGUAGUCUUUAAUUCGAGACAGGACUUGACUGAUAGCAUCUAACAAUGGCUAACGUGAACAGUAUGGUUUUUCACACUCAAAUAGCCUCCAUCAUGGAGGUGCUAGCGAAUGCAGCCGUGGCAGAGAUCUGUAAAGUCGUAGACGACGACUAUGAAGUGUUUCGUUUGGAAAUAACUCAAAGCCAGAAAGAAAACAGGGCAUUGAGGAGGAAACUACAGCUAAUGGAACUGAAAGUGUCACGGGAGCGCACAGAGAAGACAAUGCGAGAGCGCGUCUUCGCCAGUCCCAGAAAUGUCAAGAUCCUCGACCGAUACAGAGCAACGGCAAGAGGUGAAGGACAUCUCACUGGAGGCUACAGAAGCUUUGUGAAGCCAGCGGGACACAAUACAUGGAGAGAUGACCAACCAAUCACUGUUGAUGAGGGGAGUGGAACCUCAACCCAGCACGUUAUCGUGAUAGAGUCUGCAGAUGCAGAGGACGCAGGUCCUGGGGUCAAGCAGGAGAUGACUGAAGGAGAGGAGGACCCACGUCACUGCAGAGACAUCCAGACUGGAGCUCCCCCUGAAGCCACGGAGGACCUCGCUGCCGCCGCGCUCCAGCCCAGGACCCGACGCAGCAUCAUGGAGGAGGAGGAGGGACACGAGGUGCUGCUGGUGAAGGAUGAGGGGUGUGAGGAAGGUCUGGAGAACCCUGAGGGGACCAUAGUCAUUGAGGACAACCAGACUACACCUCCUGAACCCACAGAGGAACCAGCUGAGCAGCACAGGACCACACACAGUCUCACUGAGUCAGUAGACAUGGAGGAUGGGAAGCCUGAUCUGCUGAUAGUCAAAGAGGAGACAAUAGAAGACGAACCAGAGAGCAUUGAUCUGCUGAGUGGAUUAAAGAUGGGGGAGCAAGGUGGUUGGCUGGAGGCUAACAGAGACUGGACGGCCAUCUUGGAUUCCCAGACCCAGGCGGGUCCAGCCAAGGGUCCAGGGGACAACAUCACUGAGCAGGCCAGGACCAGAGGCGACAUAGUGGAGUCAGUAGACAUGGAGGAUGGGAAGCCUGAUCUGCUGCUGGUCAAAGAGGAGACGAUAGAAGACGAACCAGAGAGCAUUGAUCUGCUGAGUGGACUAAAGAUGGGGGAGCAAGGUGGUUGGCUGGAGGAUAACAGAGGAGACUGGGUAGCCAUCUUGGAUUCCCCCUACCAGGAAGGUGCAGCCAAGGGGCCUGGGGACAACAUCACUGAGCAGGCGAGGACCAGAGGCGACAUAGUGGAAGUCAGUGAAUGGGACAGCGUCCUCAACUCUGGGCAGGGGAACAACGCUGUUAGCCACAACCACAACCAGAAACAGACAGUCGGACACAAAACAACGUCCGAACUUAGUGUCCAUGACAACAGACUGGCUGAGGCCAGGGCGAGGCGUAGAUUUGGAGGUGCCCCUAUUCGGCUGGCGAGAACAGACACAGACUCGGCUAGCGAUGCGCCGUCCUGCUCCUAUCGUUGUGAUUCAGAGAGACUGAUGGCGCUUCAGGUUGACCCCCUAACAGGUGCUACCUUCAGCCUGCCUUCUAUAGGAUCUAUCAACUGGAACAUGGACCCUGCGACAACACAGACACUCCCUGGCCUUCGUCCUCCUCACACUCUCCUAAUGUUAAACCAGACCUCAGACAAUGCCAGUGCCUCAACACCAAAUGGCUACACAAGCCCAUUGACAAAUGAGAGUAAUAGAGAUGGAAUCAGUAAAGGUGGCAGUGCCAAGGAGAAGCGCUUCCCGUGUUCGUUCUGUGGGAAAGCCUUCAGUUUCCCCAAACAGGUGGAGAUCCACCAGAGGAUGCACACGGGGGAGAAACCGUUCGGCUGCCAACUGUGCCGGGCCAGUUUCUCCGACUCGUCCAACCUGAAGAGGCACCAGAGGGUCCACACAGGGGAGAAACCCCACAGCUGCCCCCAGUGUGAGAAGAGGUUCUCCCGCCAGGACCAGCUGAAGAUGCACCUGAAGGUCCACACGGGAGAGAGGCCGUUCGCCUGUACGCACUGUGGGAAGAGGUUCUCAGAGAGGAGCUACCUCAGAAUACACCAGCAGAAAAUGCACAUGGCCCAUGUAUAGAGUAUAGUGACAUGUAAUGUAGUAUUAGUAAGUUUGUUAAUUCUGUUGGUGUUGGAUGUAGAAGGAGCUGGAUGAGGUGAACUGAGGAAAGAAUUAGUAGAUGAUAUGGUUGGUGUGAAGGUGUCUGUAAAAAUGCUUCACUGAUGAAAAGGGACAACCUUGUCCUGUUGUUUGAAUUUUGGUGUUUUAUAAUUAGUAAAUGUUUACUUGUCAUGAAGCUGUGUGUAAUAUAAUGUUUAAACCUUUUCCGAAGUAUUCUAAAAUGAAUUUGAUCAAAGUGAGGGUACCAGAUUUACAGAAAAGGUCAAGUGUUACCAUACAAAAACCCUUGAUUUCAAUGUUCAUCAAAUCAAACUCUUUUUAAUUACUCAUUUUAAAGCAGUCUUUUUAAUUACAUUUUUUUAAUCAUCGCUUUGUCUAAUAAUUCACUGUGUGUUUUUUAAUAGAAUGCCAAAAUAUAUUUUUUUAUAAUUUAUUUCCCUGAGACUCCACUGAAAUGCUCAGUCUGAUCGUGUGGACGUUAGGAAUCAAAUUUGAAUAUGAAAUGAUAUAUUUACAUACACAGCCCUGAUUGUCUGAUAGGAGGGGUCUAGAUAACUUCCACAAGUGUGUAGGCUACUUUGUCUUGUCAUCAAAACAAAAGUAAUCUUAAUAUCAUUGUUGUACGUUUUCCAAUAGGUCACCAAAAGAUGCAGGACCAGAACAGAGUUUUUGCGUGGUGGACCAUCCUGGUCUAUACCCUGUCUGCCGUGUACUGUAGAUAUGUGGUAGUCGUGGAGUAGGGGCCUGAGGGCACACAGUGUGUUCUGAAAUCUGUGAAUGUGUUGUAAAGUUUUUAUUGGAUAAACUGCCUUAAUUUUGAUGAACCCCAGGCAGCAGCUAAUGGGGAUCCAUAAUAAAUAAAACAAUUCAUUGCCGAAUGCAAUGAUUAUCUACAGGGCAGACUAUAUGGUAUAAUCUUCAGUAUCAUCAAUAAAGCAUAGAAUCAAUCAGAUCAAGCGUUAACUGGCGAUACCGGAUGUUUUUGUGGUGUCGGAGGUGGAACUGCGCUGCAGCUGUCAAAUCGGUGAGCAGAUGCUCUUGUGAUUAUGGUCACGAAGCCACACCCGCCCCCUCGCGUUAGUUCAAAACAAGGAAGUGUAGGCUAUGUAGAAAUGAUUACAUUCAAAUUGAAAAAUCAUUCAACUAAAUAAUGAGGAUCUCUAUCAUCCUAAUCGAGGUGUAGAUUACAUUUUACAUUCCAGUGUUCAAACUUGUAAACAAGGCUGCAUGUUAUUUCUGUUAAUGCGACUCCGUGCAGCCAAUGGCAAUGUCCACUUUAGUUAUAAUGCUAGGAGCCCCUUGUGGAUUUGACAGAUCUAACACAGUUCCACCUCAGACACCACCAAAACAACCGCUAUGUGAAUGUUGACAACAUUUUAUGAAAUAGACUUUGUGAUGAUACUGGAGAUGAUAACUGAUUUAUAUUUUUUGAAUGAAUACACAUUUUGGAAUGUUUUGCUGUUGAAAGUAAAUAAAGAUCCAGAUUGCAAUGAA